AUAAUUCAUAAUGUCUCAUGUAUUAGAAGAUUUAAGAAGAAUUUUCCCUAAAAAGUCAUUUUUACUCUAGACCUAUAUGUUAGGGUGCUUCUACUUGAUACAUUAACAAUUGAAUGUUGAUGAAAAGAAGAAAGAGAAGUAGAACACACGAGUAUUGAGAUCAAUAGUUAUUGAAAAUCAACACCAAAGACAUUUGAAAUAAUUUUAAUUGAAAAUAUUGAUUGAUUAACAAUUACCACUAAAACCUUAAUCCAGAAUGUCAUAUGGUUUAAUGGAAUUCAGUAAUAGAUCUUUAUUUAUAUUUUAGGAACACCAUAAUUCGUUGAUUUCUAAAACUUGAAUCAACCAAACUCAACAUCCUAAGUGGUAUUAUUAAUGUAAUUCUUUAGCAUUCUUUACAAAUAGACUCAAAGCAGAUUCAGAAUUUCAGUUUGGAUGACUUAUCGACAAUAGAAAGUGAAUUUAUCCCAGACUUGAAAACAGAUCUAUAAGUAUAAAAAUCUGUGGAAAUGACAUAGAGUUGCAUCUUUUGAAUUUGCUUUUUUACUUCUC